CAAGUCGGGACUUGAAUUACUACAAGGUCGAUACACUAUAUAUAUAAACCUCGAGGUAGGCGUUUUCAUUUAUUAACUGACAGUGUGCGAUAUAUCGACCUUCGUAUAUUAUAUCUGUAUAUUGGAUAAGCUUGCAAUAUGCCGAAAAGAAAAGCCUCGUUUGCAUUUCCCUACGAACGCCCAAGUAAGAUUACAAAGAGGACAAGCAGCACAACUGUGUCCAGGACAUUAAGCAGUAUCUCAAAGAUGCCGUCUGUAGUUAAACCACCACUUAGAAUGCCCAAAUUUCCAUCUCUUCGAGCAAGCAAGCCUGGAGAGGGUAUUGAGGUGUCAGCAUCAGCUCCUUUACCAGCUGCUGUAGGAUCUCCAACACCACCAGCUCUACGACGUGCCUCAACACUGACUCUAGAAGAUGAUGACAAAGUUGACUCUACUAAAGCUUCAUUAACUAAAACAAAGUCGUCUGCUUCUAAACCAUCAUCACUUUCUAAGAAAUCUAGCAGUUUUGUUGAGGAGGGUGCACUUGUUUAA